AUGACAAGGUUCACAGUCCUAUCAGGCUUGUGUCUGGUGCUGUGCCAACUGGCAUCUGCAUCCCAGAUGGUUUGCUAUUUCACGAAUUGGUCCCAGUACAGACCAGGCACGGGGAAAUACAUGCCCCAAAAUGUUGACCCUUUCCUCUGCACCCACCUCAUUUAUGCUUUCUCCAUCAUAAACCCCAGAAAUGAGCUGGUGACGUAUGAAUGGAACGAUGAGACCCUCUAUAAAACCUUCAAUGGUCUCAAGAGCAAGAACCCAGGUCUAAAAACUUUAUUGGCCGUCGGAGGAUGGAAUUUUGGAUCAACACAGUUCUCCAUCAUGGUGUCCACCCCAGCCAAUCGUCAGACUUUCAUCCAGUCCUCCAUCAAAUUCCUGAGAACCCACGGUUUUGAUGGUCUGGACCUGGAUUGGGAAUACCCAGGAUCCCGUGGAAGUCCCCCAAUUGACAAACAGAGGUUCAGUCUGCUGUGCAAGGAACUUGUAGCAGCCUAUGCAGCAGAGGCUGAGACUUCAGGCAGACCUCAGCUCAUGCUAACUGCUGCAGUGUCUGCUGGAAAGGGAACCAUUGAUGCCGGAUAUGAGAUCGCUGAGAUCGCAAAAUACUUGGACUUCAUUAAUGUGAUGACCUAUGACUUCCAUGGAGCUUGGGAGCGAUUCACUGGACACAACAGUCCACUGUACCGUGGCUCACAUGACAGCGGUGAUCUCAUUUACUUCAAUACAGAUUUUGCCAUGAAAUACUGGAGAGACCAGGGGACCCCAGCAGAAAAACUGAUGAUGGGCUUUGCGUCUUAUGGCCGCACUUUCCGCCUGACCUCUUCCAACACUGGUGUAGGAGCUCCAGCAAGCGGAGCGGCCUCUGCUGGAAUAUACACUCGGGAAGCAGGAUUCUGGUCCUACUAUGAGAUCUGCACAUUUUUAGAGGGAACCACAAUCCAGUGGAUUAGUGACCAGAAAGUUCCCUAUGCCAGCAAAAACAAUGAAUGGGUGGGAUUUGACACCAAAGAAAGCUAUGAGAUUAAGGUCCAGUAUAUGAAGAACAACGGAUUUGGAGGUGUAUUCGUUUGGGCUUUGGAUUUGGACGACUUUAACGGAGAGUUCUGUGGACAAGGAAAGCACCCACUGAUGAACCACCUUCGCAAACUUGUUAACAGCGGGGUGCCUCCACAACCUGAAACCACUACCACCAGACCGGGUACAACCACAAACAGGCCAGCCACCACUACCACUAGACCAGUUCCAACCACAAACAGGCCAGCCACCACCACCGUUGGGCCAAGUGAUACAACUACCACCAGGACCACCAUCCCUGUGCCCGGGAAAGGCUUCUGUAAGGGCAAGCCUGACGGAAUAUAUCCCCAUCCCACGGACAACACCAUGUUCUAUGAGUGCGCGGGGGGACGGACCUAUCUGAAGAGGUGCGGUGGGGGCACAGUGUAUGAUGAUAGCUGCAAAUGUUGUACCUGGCCCAGAUUUGACUGA